GGAAAGAGUCUCAGAUAUUUUCGAUUCGAUUAAGUUGUAAUAUAUAUUUUUUUUAGAGGAAAUUAUUUUGAAAAAGAAAAAUUAUCAAAAGAAAAAUGUUGGUUUCUAAUUUAUUCAUGAUGGUGGGACUGGGGGCCGUGGUGUCUGCGAGAGCAGUGGAGAAGAAUGAACGCUCAUUUCAGCGACCCAUCAAUGACCCCUCAUUACCUCGCCCUCCAACCCCCUCCUCGCCUCAAUCCUGCAUUUUUACGCCAUCUCUUCCAAUGCCACCUGUCUCUUUCACAUCCACUCUUCCCGCAUCUCUUCAUCAUCACCUCCCGAAUGUUCUCCUCUCCCACUCAUUCUUCAACUCAAACCUACCUCCUUCCUCUGUCUCUACCGCCCCCAUGAUCUCGACCCUCUCCCUUUCCGAAGUAACUGGCGACGCUUCCCUUCAAGGGAUUUUCCUCGGCCUCGUCUACACUUCUAUCGGCAAAUCCACCUCCGAGCCUCCUUCAGACUCUCUACCCAAAUCUCACGCAACCAAACCAAAAGCAAAACCCCACUGCCGUCCUCAAUUUCCCAAACCCAAAGUGGAUGAACAAGACGAUUUCGAUAAAUCAUGGGGACAUAUCAAUAAUCACGAGAUUCGCUCGCCGGUUCUGUCAGUGCCACAGUCAAACCCGUCGACGGAGAUGAGAAGAUGUUUUACGGAGGCAGUGGAAGGAGUGAGAGAGAGUGGACUGGUAGAAGGGACGCUGAAGUUUCCUAAAGAAGGUGGUAAAAUACGCUUUUUGAUCUGGAGAGUCGAUUGAAUGGUGGAGAUUGAAUUGAGCAUAUUUCAAUCUGGUGGGAAACUUUUCAUUUUAUUUUAUGAAUAGAUGACAUGGCGAAUGGAUCUGGGACUAGAAAAUCGAAUGUUACAGGUGUUUAAGGCUGGAUUGGAGUUCGGGAAUUCAUGCCCUCUUGCAGUUUCGAUGUAUGUGUUGUGCAUGCGGCAAAACGAGAUGAGAUAGGAUGAACAAUUUUAUGCAAUUAUCAAACGUCUCGAAAAAGUGAUGGGAAAUGAAUCAUCUCAUGGAAUCGAGCACAGAUUGUUACCAGGUAUAAAAUUUCCGUUCAGUGAAGAUAUGAAUAAAUCUCAAUUCGUAUCAUGAGAGCUCGGC